CAAGCCCUGCUCAUGCUGGUACCACUUGCCUUGGUGCCAGAGGGCAAGCCUUAGGUUUGGGCAGGAGCAUCUUUCCUUAACCCCCCUCCCCAAAUUCAGAAACAUCGUUAAAGCAUCCUGUCGGGAUUUAUCGCGGCGGGAGGCAGCGAAGGGUGAAAGCUGCGAGCUUGAGAGCCUCACUCCUCGAAGGAAAGGAAGCUGGCCCCGCUGCAGCCCGAUUUUUGGCAUUCCACCUUAAAACCAGCCCGGCGCUGGGCAGCAGCCGGGAGCGGGAGCCGGGAGCCGGGUGUCAGGAGCCCUGCUCGCCCCUGUCCCCCCGUGCUUGCCCCGGCCGCGGUUCCCAGCCCGCCUCCCACCCGCGGCGGCGGCCCCGGCCCGGUGGCGUUGGCGGGGCGAUGGCGGAGGCGAGCCCGCGGCGGGGCGGGCGGCGGGCCGGCGGCACUGCGGCAUCUUUCCCAGGGAACCUACACUUGGUGAUGGUUCUCCGUCCCACGGGCUUCUUCCAGCGCACCUUCACUGACAUUGGGUUUCGGUUCAGUCAGGAGGAUUUCCUGCUCAAGUUACCGGUUGUUAUGCUGAGCUCGGUUAGUGACCUGCUGACGUACAUUGAUGAGCACCAAUUAACCCCAGAGUUCGGAGGCACCCUGGAGUACAGCCACAGCGAGUGGGUCAUCUUCAGGACUGCAAUAGAGAGUUUUGCACUCACAGUGAAGGAAAUUGCCCAGAUGCUGCAGUCCUUUGGCAUGGAGCUGGCAGAGACUGAGCUACCAGAGGACAUGUAUUCAAUCGAGCGCAUCCUGGCCCUGCGCACAGAGAAGUACUACCAGCUCAAGGAAGAUAUUACAGCAGUGACAAAAGAAGGAAACUUGCUCUUGAGCAGUUUUGAAGAGCCUGACCUGGAGGAAUGCAGUCAGGACCAAGAGCACGAGAGGCCUGGAGACUGGGAGACAGUGAAUCGGUUACUUGGUCAGCUGCAUGAGAUGGAGACUGCUUUUGAUGGCUUCUGGGAAAAACAUCAGUUAAAAAUGGAGCAAUAUUUGCAACUGUGGAAGUUUGAGCAAAGUUUUCAAGAGGUCAAGAAUGCCAUUGAAUUUUUAAUGAGUCAGCAAGCAGAGCUGCCUGACACUGGUGACAGCGGUCCCCAAGUGAAACAGAGGCUCAAGGACUUGGCUCAUUUUGAUGGUAUGGCUCAGGACCUGAUAGGGAAGGCUCAGGUGGUGAUUCUCCAUGGACACCAGCUAGCAGCAAACCAUCACUACGCACUCAACUUAAUCUGCCAGCAAUGCAACGAGCUGCGGCACCAUUCCGAUCUCCUGUCUGAUGAGAUCAAGAGGAAGCAGAUGCGGCUGCAGAAGACCUUGGAUCUUCAUACUCGCCUUCAGCAGGCUCUGCAGUGUUGUGAUGAAGGUGCCUAUCUCCUUGCCAACCAGCAGAUGGAUAAGUGCCAGUCUAAAGAAGGUGCUCAGAAAGCUCUCCAGGACAUAGAAAGGUUUCUUGAAAGCUCUUCAGCCUACUUAAACUAUGAUCCCCAAGCCCUACACUAUGAUUUUGAGUCAGUCUUAACAUCUGAAUUAAAGUGCCAGAUCCAGUCAGUGCAGGUCAAGCUCGAAAACGUCCGAAGCAUGUUUGAGAACCGUCAGUCUUGCUUCAAGAAGCUGUUGGACAAACACGUGAGGCCUGUCCAGUUGGUAGCCCCUCGGCCAGAAAAUCCACCAAGAUCAAAAUCUCCAUUGUUCUCUCCAAAACAUGGUAUGGAUUUUAAUUCCAGUUUGAAAUUUUCAUUUGAUCUCUCUCUCCCUGGGAAGAAAACAUCAAGAAAAACUCCAAGUUCUCGCAAGAUUGAAGUCAUGCACGACUAUCAGGAAAAACAGAAUUCCCUGCAGUAUUUUAUUUCAGACAGUGAUGACAACUUAGAUAUCCUGAAAGGCCAUGUUAUAAAUGAGCUUAUAGAAACUGAGAGAGUGUACGUAGAGGAACUCUUCACUGUGUUGACGGGCUACAGAGCUGAGAUGGAUAAUCCUGCCAUGCUUAUCCUUAUGCCCCCCAUGCUGAGGAACAGGAAGGAUGUCCUCUUUGGAAACAUGCCUGAGAUAUACGACUUCCACAACAAAAUUUUCCUGCACAGUUUGGAAAGCUGCCUGGGAGCACCCGAGAGAGUGGGCUGCUGUUUCCUAGACAGGCGAGAGGAUUUCCAGAUGUAUGAGAAGUACUGCCAGAACAAGCCCCGGUCAGAGUCCCUGUGGAGGCAGUGCUCUGAGUGCACCUUCUUCCAGGAAUGCCAGAGAAAAUUAGAGCACAAACUUGGGCUGGACUCCUACUUGCUCAAACCGGUGCAACGCCUGACAAAAUACCAGUUAAUUCUGAAGGAGCUGCUAAAGUACAGCACGAGCUGCGAUGGAGUUCAGGAACUUCAAGAAGCUCUGGUUGCAAUGUUGGAUUUGCUGAAGUCAGUCAAUGACUCUAUGCAUCAGAUUUCAAUAACAGGAUAUGAUGGUGACCUGAGCGAACUGGGCAAGGUAUUGAUGCAAGGAUCUUUCAGUGUUUGGACAGGGCACCGAAAAGGUCCAACAAAGAUGAAGGAUCUCGCCAGGUUCAAGCCAAUGCAGAGGCAUCUGUUCCUGUAUGAGAAAGCCUUGGUCUUCUGCAAGAAGCGGGAGGAGCAUGGAGAUGGCUAUGACAAAACCUCCUCUUACAGUUUUAAGCAUUUUUUGAAAAUGAAUGCAGUUGGAAUAACUGAGAAUGUGAAAGGAGACCAUCGGAAGUUUGAGAUCUGGUACAGUGGGCGAGAGGAGGUCUAUGUCGUGCAGGCUCAAACAGUAGAUCUGAAGAUGGCAUGGUUGAAUGAAAUAAGAAAAAUUCUGUUCAAGCAGCAGGAGCUUAUAAAAGUGGAGAAGCAGCAGCCCAGCUUGUGCGUGGACCAGCUCCCGCUCUCAUCGCAGCUGAGUGAUGGAAAGCAGCAGAGAGCCUCCAUCAGCUCAGAGGAGAACGACUCGGAGCGCACCAGCCCAGUACUGCUGGACAGUGGGCUUGUGUCCCCCCAGAACAAGCCCCACAGAAGCUGGCCAGGAAUGUCACAGUCCCUGGAAAUCUGCGAGGGGCUGGAGGAGUGGUCGGGUAACCAAUACCUCUCCAACUGCUCGGACACCGAGGAGGAGGAUGGGAACCAGCUGUCUCCAGGAAAAUACAAAGCCCUUGCAGACUGCAAGAGGAGAGGCUCAGAGGACCUGCUGGUGAAAAACGGGGAUGAAAUUCAACUUUUGCAUGAAGAUGGUGAGGGACAGUGGUUGGUGAAAAACCUAAACAGAAGAAAAGAAGGCUGGAUUCCUGUCCACAGUCUGCAGAUCGUAGUGGGUGACUGCAGAUUUCGGAAUGCCAAAGUUGCAGCAUCACUGCUUCAUGUGUUGACUCAUCACCAUGCUGUCCACUGGAAAUGGGAGACCAGGGUUUGUGAUGAGAGCAGCUCAGGAAGCCCACCUGGAUUUAGCCCAUUAUAAAAUGAAGAAGAGUCCAUCAGUUAUGGCCAUAGGAAACAGAUUUUGCAGAUGCUGCCCUGUGUAACACGAGAAAGUUCAGUUCCCCUUGAAUUAAGGGUGAACAAGUAGCAUCCUAUUUUCGAUGCUCUUUGGAAGCUUUCAACUAAGUGUUACAGAGAAAUAGCACAAUAGUUGGAGUUGUCCUGUACUAUUCAUCACAUUCACAGACCUCCACAGCUUCAUCUGCACUGAACGGGACCGGGGUCCUAAGCAGCUUCUCAUUGUCAUAAAGGAAGUCAUUCUCUGCUCUUUCUGUUGGUUUUGGUUUUUUUCCUUGUAUGGAAAGUAGAGUACUUUCUCAUUUUGACCUGCUGUUUUUCCAUGGCAUCCAUCAUGCUUCAUCAGACUACAAUUUCCUGAACACUUUGUUUAGAUGCUUGAAAUUUCCUCUGGAGGUUGAAGGCUUUACCUACUUAUUAGCUGACAACCGUUGAAAGUUGCAAACAAAAGAGUUGAGUUUGAGUAAACCAAACAAGUAAAACAAGCCCAACAACCAAACCAACCACCAAACAACCAAAAACCAAACAAAGAAGAUGUGUAUGUCCUGCUUAAUUGAUUUUAUGAAUGGGUUUUACUUAAAGAUCUCCUUCAGCUAUGUGAAUGUAAUGUCCUGUAAGAGCAUCAUCCGGCUGACUCAUGUGUCAUGAUGCAAUAACACUGAAGAUCCUCUGUUUGCACUUAGGGUCUGACUCCAGCCCGCUGUGCUCAGUCACCUGGGUUGCAGUGAGGUUUGGAUCAGAUCAAACCGACAACUCAGGGUUGUCACUAAUCACUUAGGGUCCCAAAGCGUCCCAAAGCUGAAACCUGUAUCUAGCAAGUGUUGAAGUUUACAUUAAGUGUCUGUACUUUUGGAACACGUGCCAUAAAUCCAAAUGAAAUGUCCAUGUUUGCACUAAGGAUGUUCUUGUGGUUUAAGACUGUACUUUUCAGCAUCUUUAAUAAUGCAUCUCUUGAAUUUCUUCAGUUUUUUGAGACAGGGAAAGGAAUAUUGGACACUCACCAUUUAAUUUCUGUGUUUCUUUGUCUAGUUUUGCUUUCGUAGCACGUGGGUGCAGGUGGUUUGACUUUUAAGCAGAUGUGUGCAAAGAGCACCUGGCUGUGUUAAGAGCAGGGUUUGUAUUAUGCAUGCAGUAGUGGAGUUGCUCUGUCCCAGCAAAGUGUGGAGCCUUUUAUACCGUGAACCAAAGGGGGACCUUUAUGAUCUGACUUUCACAGACACAGUACCAAGGUGUUAAGUUAAAAUAGACUGGGGUGGGGUUUUUGGGUGACCAUUCUUGUACAGAGGAAUUAUUGGGCUAUGUGAUGGCUGUGGUUGCCUUGGUGAGGGCGAGGGGGGGUGGGUGUUCCCCACCACACUGGUGGGCAUUUCUCCAGUUCAAGUGGCCAGUAUUGCAGAUAACCCCUCUAAAACCUGACCCAGCUGAGCAAUGCUGCAAGAUCCCAGUAUUCUUCAGCUACCUGCAGUCACAGCAGAGAGGUUUUAAGUCACUAGAAGGUUAUUUCUGUCUACUUUUAAACUGGUCACAAUGCACUUGCUAGGUGGAGAAGUAGGAGUCUCGUAAGUAACUGUUAGGGCUGUUUAUAGUGGUAACAAUUCUUGUGGUACACAUUUUGAGGUACAGCUGUAAAUACUUGUCUCAGACAGCACAUGUUGCAUAUUAACAUGGUUUUACUCUUUCUCCCCUUUUCUGUUUUUCAUUUUGUCUUCUGUAGUUUUAAAUCUAAGCUUUUUGUUAAUUUAUGAGGUGGAUAAGUUCUGCAAAGCUGAAUGUACAGUCUGAGGUUUUUAACGUUGGGAACUUUGCACACGACAUGGGAUGUUACCUUUGGUAUGCUGUUGAACUUAGGCUCUUCAUGUACAUGUAUAAAUUACAGGAGAGACUUUUCUCUGACUGCAAGUUUAAAUGAACUAUAUUGUAUAUGUACCUGUAAAAAAAAAAAGAAGUGUUAAAUCUAUAUUUAAAGAUUAAAAACUUGUUAAAUAAA